CCAGUGGUCAAAUCAUAUCUGCAAAUUUUGCAAUAUCAAGACAGGUAAAUAAUAAACAAUAUCUGCUGACUAUAGGUUCCUGCAGGAUAGUUAUAAAUCCACAAUGCCCAGAUCCGGAUAUAAAAUUUUUUAUGUACUCCAAAAUGCAUCCAGAAAAUCCAGAGGAAAUUCGAGUAGCUUCGACAUUAAGAGAGACGAAUUUAGUGAAAACGGCGUUUGAUCCGUUUAAACCGACCAAAAUAAUUAUCCAUGGAUAUAAUUCGGAUAUGUUUUUAAAUGCACUGACAGAAUUAAGGAAAGAAUAUUUAAAAACAAAAGAUUACAACAUCUUCACCGUUGAUUGGAGUCCGUUAAACCAAUCGCCGUGUUACGUAGGAGCGGUGUGGAACGCCAGACAUGUCGGAGCGUGUACGGCCCAAUUAGUUCAACGGAUCAGGGAUAUGGCUGCGGAGGACAUUCACGUGAUCGGAUUCAGCUUGGGAGCGCACAUAUCGAAUUAUCUUUCGGUUAAACUGCGUCCAUAUAAAUUGCUGAGAAUAACGGGUUUGGAUCCGGCCUUGCCCGGAUAUAUAACACCGAAUAUGGAUGAGAAAUUAGACAAGAGCGACGCCGAAUUUGUGGACGUUUAUCACACGAACGCGUUUGCGCAGGGAAAGAUCGAGGAAAGUGGUCAUGUUGACUAUUAUUUCAACGGUGGCGCCAUUCAACCCGGAUGUUGGGGAGAGCCAAGUUUCAUUUCUUGCAAUCAUCAUCGGGCUCCCCUUUAUUUCGCGGAAGCGAUUAACAGCGAAAUAGGCUUCUGGGGCUGGCGGUGUCCCAAUUACUUCAGCUAUAUCCUAGGCCGUUGCCUCCCGGGCGAUAUUAAAAAAGUUAUGGGCGCGCACGUCGCGGAAAGGUUCGAAGGUGUUUUUAUCGUUUUGACUGGAGCUACGCCACCAUUUGCUAUUGGAAGCUAUGCCAUACCACCUACUGUUAGCAAACUCAAGAGACCUGAAGUGCUGCAAGUGUAUGAACAAGCCCUGGCGGAACGAUUGGAAAGUCAACUGUUUUAUAGCGACAGUGAAGUGACCUUAGAGGAUUUUUUAUAACAAAUAAUUUCUGGU